CCACAUACUCAAUUAAACAUCAAUCGGACCUCCGUCUUCCCCCUAUCCUACAAAUCUUUUUGAUAACAUUGGAUAUUAUAGCUUUUAUCUAUAUACAUAUAGCCGCCCACUCUCCCUCUAUAUCAGUCGUCUCGUCAGCAUCCUGAUCGGUGAUCAAGCGCCAACGGAAUUCUCCCAGACAUUGUCAGAUAAUCGAAUUGAGAUACCAUGGCCUCCCGUCAUUCACGUAAAUUGCUGCGGCCGCUGCUCUAUACGUCACUCGCCACGGCUGCGGGUGCCGGUGUGCUCUACAUCUCUUACCGCCCUCGCAAUAUUCCCGGUUCCGAGGCCCCUGCGGUUCCGCCCCCGGGCUACCAUGAAGGCCGGCUGGUGCCGCCUAGUUUCCCCCGCAUCAAGUCCAGACUGGAACAAAUCGAGGACCUGAAACGCUCCGCAAAGGGAGGUGAAGCGGAAGAAUAUGACCUGCUGGUGAUUGGUGGUGGUGCCACUGGCUCGGGGAUUGCUCUCGACGCUGCAACUCGAGGGUUGAAAGUGGCCAUCGUCGAACGGGAUGAUUUCAGUGCUGGAACUAGCAGCAAGAGCACAAAACUGGUUCAUGGAGGUGUGCGAUACCUAGAAAAGGCAGUUUGGGAAUUGGAUUAUAACCAAUAUGCGCUUGUUAAGGAAGCUUUGCGAGAGCGCAAAUAUUUCUUGAACACCGCUCCUCAUCUUUCAAGCUGGCUUCCAAUCAUGGUUCCGGUGCAGAAGUGGUGGCAGGCGCCCUAUUUCUGGGCAGGCACUAAGUUCUACGACUUUCUGGCUGGAUCAGAAGGUAUCGAAAGCUCUUACUUCCUGACAAAGAGCAAAGCCAUCGAUGCCUUCCCAAUGCUCAGAAAGGAUAAUCUGAUCGGUGCUAUGGUGUACUACGAUGGUGCUCACAACGACUCCCGAAUGAACGUUUCUCUUGCGAUGACAGCUGCGCUGUAUGGUGCCACUGUUGUCAAUCACAUGCAAGUCACCGGCUUGACCAAAGAUUCAUCUGGGAAGUUGACCGGCGCUCGCCUCAAGGACGUGAUUCAGGGAAGGAACGGCCAGGUGGAGGAAGAAUUCACCGUCAAGGCGAAGGGUAUUAUCAAUGCAACUGGUCCCUUCACUGACUCGAUCAGAAAGAUGGACGAGCCUGAUGUGAAGGAGAUUGUGGCACCUAGCUCUGGUGUACAUGUAAUCCUACCCGGGUACUACAGCCCUUCAGAUAUGGGUCUGAUUGAUCCAUCGACGUCUGACGGUCGAGUUAUCUUCUUCCUGCCCUGGCAAGGAAACACAAUCGCCGGUACCACAGACCAGCCCUCCGAGAUCACUACCCAGCCCGAGCCGUCGGAGAAAGAUAUCAACUGGAUUCUCACAGAAGUUCGCCGGUACCUGGCACCUGAUAUCAAUGUUGAGCGAAGUGACGUGCUUGCUGCCUGGUCUGGAAUUCGCCCUCUAGUCCGUGACCCCAAGGUCAAGAGUUCCGAGGCAUUGGUCCGCAACCACCUAAUUUCCGUUUCCCCAUCUGGGCUGUUGACAUGCGCUGGUGGCAAAUGGACUACCUAUCGGCAGAUGGCCGAAGAGGCAGUGGAUGAGGCUAUCGACGUUUUUGGUCUCAAACCCCGCGAAGUAUCUGACGCUCCCGAUAUCAGUGGCGUCGGAGGAAGCGGGCUGGUCGCCGACGGCGCUGUUCUCGAUGGCUCUUGCCAGACCCACCAGGUCCGCUUGAUCGGAGCCCAUGGUUACUCAAAGACCCUGUUCAUCAACCUCAUCCAACAUUAUGGGCUUGAGACGGACGUUGCGCAGCAUCUGACACAAUCAUACGGUGAUCGAGCCUGGCAGGUCGCGGCUUUGGCUUCCCCGACCAAUGCUCGUUUCCCUGUUCGAGGCCAGCGCAUCUCAACUCUCUAUCCUUUCAUCGAUGGCGAAGUCCGUUAUGCCGUUCGCCACGAGUACGCACAAACUGCGGUCGACGUUCUUGCACGCAGAACUCGCUUGGCGUUCCUUAAUGCCGAAGCAGCACUUGAAGCCCUUCCUAGUGUCAUCGACCUUAUGGGAGAAGAGCUGAACUGGGACAGCGGCCGAAAGGAUGUGGAGUGGAUGGAGAGUGUCAAGUUCUUGUCCUCGAUGGGCCUUCCAAAGAACUUCCUCGGUCUGAGCAGAGCGGAUGUUGAGGCCGGCAAGGUCAAGCAGGUUGAUAUUGCGCAGCGAGCUGCUUUUGCCAGGACAGAUCCACCGGCGGAUGUGCUUCAAAACGAUACCCGCUCAUCUGAUUCUAACAAGUUGAUCCAACCUGAUUCCCCCGCCAACAAAUAGAACAGUCGCGCGUCAUAGAUAAAAUAUUGUAUAAAUAAGCGGAAGUGAAUAAUUGGCACAUCAUAUUAUGCGAAUUGCGGCAAUAUAUUCUAGAAUGUCCCCUUUGUGUUGUAAGGGCUGCCUUUGGAUGUUGCUUGAACCUGUUUGCACAUAGAAGUUAUUUUG